AUGGCUGAUGCCGAAGGUUUCGAGGUCGUCCAGCACACGGACGCUUCUCCGGCACCGCCCGCGCCCGCAGCCGAGCCGCCCGCAACGGUCACUUCCGCCUCGCCCAAUGGUACCGCCGAGAAGAAAGCAGCUGCCGGGACUGCAGCGCCCAAGAAGCCGGCAGUUACAACUACCUCCGUCGCAAAGCGACCGACGGCGACUGCAACUGCUCCUGCCAAGCCGACCACGGGCUCGUCGGCACGAACAACCACGACCGGCGGCUUGAGCAAAGCCCCAACUCGCCCCACUGGUGGAGCCACUGGUGGAGCCACUGCUACCAAACGUCCAUCGACUGCCACUUCCGUUGUCUCGCACCGGUCUCAGCCAUCCGUGUCUGAAGAUGAGAAGAAGCGGGCACCCAGCUCCUCGGCCGCAGGUGCUGCACGACGCACGUCCACCGUUGGCGCUGUUAGCUCGCCUACUAAACCCAAGAGCAGCACGACCGCUGCCACCACGGCUGCGGCCAGAAAGCCCGCUACAGCCCCCAGCACUACUCCGUCGAAGACGGCCACGAGCGCUCCGAAAUCAUCGGCAAGUGCCCCUUCAGGGGCUGCAUCCACCCGAGUUGCUACUCGACCGCCUGCGACGGGUGCCGUGGCGGAGGCGAAGAAGCGACUCUCCUCAGUAGGAGUGAGCACUGCGACAAACGCCACGCGUCAUACGCCUCGGCCGUCGCUGGCGUCGAGCGCAUCUUCUGCCGCUACGACCGUCGCCGCUGAGUCGACCAAAGAGGUUGAGGAGCUCAAGGCUAAGGUUGUGUCAAGUGAAGCAGAAAUUGCCGAUCUAAAGUUCCAAAUUGCGUCAUCCCAGGAGAAGAUCGCAGAGCUCACCGAGAAAGCCAAUGCCGUUGCAAGCGAGCAGCCGGCUUCCGAUCAGGCUAUCAACAAGGAGGCCCUAGAGAGCUUGAAGACGGAGCAUGCUGCCGAGAUUGAGGGGCUCAAUAAGCGGGCCGCCGAACUUCAAGAGAAGCUGGACGCUGCCGAGGCUGAUGUUGCCGCCCAGAAGAAGCAGCUGGAUGAAGCCAUCGGUGCAAAGGACGCUGCAGAGGCUGAGGUUGGCAGUCUCAAGGCCUCCCUGGAGAACCUGCAGGCUGAACACGGAGCCAAGCUAACUGAGGCCGAGACGCUCCUAGCUAAAGCUACCGAGGAGCAUGCUGCUAAGCUCGAAGCCCUCCAAACCAACCUGACACAGCAACACCACGCGGCCAUCCAAGCAUUAGAGUCGAAGCACGCCGAGGAACUGCAAGGCGGCAACACUGAGCUUGCGGCUAGACACGAACAAAAUAUUCGAGAACUCAAUGCUAAGCAUGAGAGCGCCAUUGCCGAACUGCAGAAGAAAAUUGGUGACCUCGUCGCCUCCGAAACGAAACUCAGCACCCUAGAAGCGGAGAUCUCUGAGCUCAAGACCAAGCUGGAAGCGGCCGAGCGGGGAUUAGAGACCGCACAGUCCGAACUUGAGGCGAAGGCCGCCACCGUAGCGAACCUAGAGGCUAGGAUUGCCGAGGUGGAAGCGGAACUGUCUGCAGCCAAGGAGGAGGCUGCCAAGGCCACCAGUACCCAAGCCGAACUUCAGAAACUCAUCGAUAGUCUCACCGAAGAGCAAAAGGCAAAGGACGCCAUCAUUGAGAAGCUGAAGGAGGAGAAUGAAACCGCGGCCGCACAUCACCAAAGGCAGCUCCAACAGGUUAGCCAGGACUAUGAGAACGAGAUUGAGAGUCUGCGGGGCGAUGCUUUCUUCAAACGGAAGUUCGAGGAACUAGAGGCCAAGCACAACGAACUCACAAAGGCCCAUGAGGAGGCUGCCGAGAGUCAUGCUAAGGCAUUGCAAGCUGCCAAGGCUGAAUACGAUUCUGCUGUCAAGGCGUUGGAGGCAAAGGAGGCGGAACAUCAACAGGCCCUGGAUGCAUUGAGGGCCAGCCAUGCCGAGGAGCUGGAGGGGGCGAAGAGUGCGGCGAGGCAGGCACAGGAGUUAAGCGCCGAGGAGAUCCGAUCUCUCAAGGACAGUCACGCCAGUCAGAUUGAAGUUCUAAAGGGCGAGAGCGAGGCUAAUCUAGCCCAGGAGCUCAAUGCCUUGAAAGCUGCCCACAGCGAGCUUCUGGAUAAAUUGACGCAGGAUGCCAGUGCCGAGAAGGAGCAACUCUUGGCCAAGCAUGCCGAAGAACUUGCUGCGGCCAGGUCGGCCGGCAGCGACGCACAGACGGCGCUCCUGGAACAGGUCAAGCAGGAUCUUGGAUCCAAGCAUGCUGAGGAAGUAGCUAAGCUGGCUGCGGAACUUGAGGCGGCCAACCACCUCAAAAAGGAGCUGGAGGCAGCUCAAGCGAAGCUUGUCGACGCGGAGACCGCGCAUGCAACCGCGGUUGAGUCUCUCAAGAAGGACCUGGAGGCCACUCACUCCGCCGAAGUCGAGAAACUCAUCGCCAUGCACAACGAGGCCCAGGGCGCCAUGAAGGAGGAGAGCGCUGCAAACACCAAGGCUCAACUCGAGGCAUUGCGGGCGGAGCAUGCUAGCAUUCUCGAGGAGCUGACGGCCAAGUAUGAGUCGAACAUCAAGUCUACCUCAGAUGAUGUUGCGAAGGUGGAAGCAGCAAAGGCCGAGCUCGACGCCGCCCUCAACGCUCUCAGAGCUGAACACGCCAAGGUAAUGGCAGCCAAGGAGGAGGUCGACGCAGCGUUGGCGGCGCUCAAGGCUGAGCACGCCGAGAUGGAAGCGGCCAAGAGCCAAACCGAUACUGCGCUCGAGGCUCUGAAGGCCGAGCACGCUAAAUUGCAAGAAGAGUGCGACAACCUCGGUCAGCAGCUCGCACACGAGAAGAUGGAGAAGUUUACCGCCCAGGCCGAGCUGGAUGCCGCCAAGAACGCUAAACCUGACACUAGCGAGUUGGACGCGCUCAAGGAGAAGCUUUCCAUGCUCACUGAGGCCCGUGAGAAGGACGAGGCUAAUCUGAAGGCCAGCAGAGAGGAGGCAUCUGCCGCCGCUGCGGAGCUGUCAACUAUCAAGGAAGAGCUGGCAAUGACCCAGAAGGAGCUGGAGGCUCUCAAACUGGAAGCAGAGGCUAAGCAGAAGACCUCAGAGGCCGACUACAAGGACAUGCACGAUAGCAUGACGCAGCUUGUCGAGGAGGCACAACAAAAGACGGCAGAGAACGAGAAGAAGGCAGCGGAGGCAGAGCAACGGCUUGCCGAGGCAGACCAGAAGAUUGCGCAGCUCACAGCCCAGCUCAAAGUCAAGGAAGCGGAGCUCGCCGAGUCCAAGACCAAGGCUGAGGCGCCAAAGGGCCUGGCCGCGAGCCGGUUUGCCAACUCGGCCGACGGCGAAGACAACGACAGCGCCACGGCGGAGAAGGCUGUGGACGAAGCCGCGGCGGAAGGUGAGACUACUGAGACUACUGAGCCGGAUAAUUCUUCAGCGGCAUUAGCUUCGGUGCGAGCAACCCUAGCUUACAGAAGCAUUUUUAUAUAA